AAGCUCUUCUUGCAUUCCUCUUGUUCAAAUGGGUAGCAAGCUAGUUAGGAGAGAAGUCACCUUUGGAUUCUUAAGAAGUGAACGGAAGGAGUGAUCCGUUGUCUCCAUAUCUCUUCAUCAUGGUCAUGGAAAAGCUGGCGUAUCUAAUCAACCAGAGGGUGGAGGAGAAACUUUGGAAGCCAUUUAGAAUUUCUCGAGGAGGCUUAUCUGUUUCUCAUCUCUUUUUUGCAGAUGAUAUUAUGCUUUUUGCUAAAGCUUCUCAUCAACAGUUGGAUGUUAUCUUGGAUUGUCUUAAUUCAUUUGCGGGGUGUUCUGGUUUAGUGUUGAAUUUGAAUAAAUCUAAGCUCUUCUUGUCUCCAAACAUCCAGUCGGUUGUGGCCAACUCGUUCAGUGCUAAAUGUAAUAUCCCUCUUUCUGCAAAUUUGGGUAAGUAUCUGGGGGUCCCCAUCUUACAUAAAAGGAAGACUGGGAGUGAUUAUCGUUUUAUUCUGGAGAAGAUACAAUCGAAACUUGCUGGCUGGAAGAAAUCACUGCUCAGUCUAGCAGGUAGGAAAACACUAAUCCAAUCAGUGACCUCAGCCAUUCCUUGUUACACAAUGCAAACUGUCCUGUUGCCGAAGUCUACAUGUGAAGCCAUUGAUAAACUAAACAGACAAUUCCUAUGGGGAUCUGACACUGAGUCAAGGAAGCCGCACCUGGUUAAUUGGGAAUCGGUCUGUAUGAGUAAAGAGGAGGGUGGACUUGGUCUUCGUUCAGCUUGGAGUAAUAAUAGAGCCCUUGUCUCUAAGUUAGGCUGGAAGAUGAUAACAAAUGAUGAAUCAUUAUGGUGCAAAGCACUCCGCGCCAAAUAUCUGAAAAACAAAUCCCUUUUCAACGUACAACCUCCACCGUCCUCCUCUGCGACGUGGCGAAGUAUCCUGAGUUGUCGGGAUGUGCUUAAAAUGGGGCUGAGAUGGCGUGUAGGUACUGGAGACAAUAUAAACUUCUGGAAUGAUAUCUGGGUUGGUGAUUUACCACUGCGGUGCCAUUUGGUGGGUCCGUUAGAUAGAGAUUCCUUGUCCUGGACAGUCUCUCAUGUCAUCUCAACAAGCAGAGAUUGGAAGGUAGAGGUAUUGUUGGAGCUGCUUCCGUUGGAAGUGGUGGAAGAAAUUAGAGCAAUACCUUUAGCCUCUCAAGCUGAGGUUUGUGAUACUUUAUAUUGGGCUGGUACAACAGAUGGCAAUUUUACAACCAAGUCUGCUUUUUCACUUAUUCAGCGUAGUCACCAUCAGAUAGUUUUUCCUUCCUUUAAUUGGCGUUGGAUCUGGAGAUUGCCAUGCUCGGAAAGGAUACGAAUGUUCAUGUGGUUAGUUUUCAAGGGUAGACUCUUUACAAAUGUACACAGGUAUAACUGCUAUCUCACUAGCUCACCUGCUUGUCCCCGCUGUAACUUAGAAUUGGAAACACCUUUCCAUAUUUUACGAGACUGUCAGUUUGCAAGGUCAGUAUGGGCUGCUUUGGGCAUUAGAGAUUUGGAGUUUUUCACUUGGGAUCUUACAACAUGGGUUCAACGAGCAACAUCCUCAAGAAGGAAGUUUGGUGACACUCAAAUUCCUUGGACUUUGGUGUUCCUUUCAGCUUUAUGGCUUCUAUGGAAGGAUAGGAACAAGCUUGUUUUUGAGCAAUCUUCCACUCUACCUUUUGUUCUUUGUUCUAAUAUUUUGCAGCAUUCCCAUUAUACUUUCUUGGCGCAAAGGUCCGGAUUUAGUGCUCGGCGGAGAGAUUUAAGAUGGGUUGCUUGGAAGCCCCCACCUUUGGGUUGGUACAAGCUGAACACGGACGGUGCGCUUUCUCAUGUUACGGGGCUGGCUACUGCAGGAGGAUUAGUGAGAGAUUCAUAUGGCAAAUGGGUGCAGGGUUUCACUGUUAAUAUUGGUCAUACCUCAAGUUUUAUGGCUGAAUUGUGGGGAGUAAGAGAGGGUAUUCGUACCUGUCGAACGCUAGGUAUUACUGAGUUGGUGGUGGAGAUGGAUUCCAUGGUUGCAAUUCAAUUAUUAUCAGGAGACAGGGAUCCUGGGGGUCCGGCAAGUGCAAUACUAGCUGAUAUUAGAGCCUUGCUGGCGACUUUUUCCUUACUCUAGGCCAUACUCUCCGUGAAGGCAAUGCAUGUGCUGAUUAUCUGGCUUCCUUGGGUCAUUCGGCUUCUCCGGGUACUUCUGUUUUUUGACUUUCCUGCAGUCCCGGCAAAAGAAAGCCAUCAGGGAUCC